AUAUAGACUUAACGAAAUUCAAUAUUUUACACUUUUUGUACGCUUAAGAUUCGUCAAUUGUAUGCGUUUUUUAAUCAAAUAAAGUACGCAAGUAUAAUUAGCAAGCUAACAUAUUUUGUUUAAUUAAAGCUUUGAACGUGAACAACAAUUUCGUUCAACAAGUGUUUCGUAUCGAUAUAUGCAACGCAAAUUGAAAUUAUUUAUUACAUACAAUCUGUUUAUUUUAUUAAGAGCUUAUUCAGUUAAUUUUAUAAGAAUUUUUAUUGUACAGAGACAAAAAGUUUCCUUUGAUUAGAGAACAGUUGGUUACUUCGGUAUAAUAGUGAAAGUUUAUUUAGUGUAAUACAAGGUCAAUCGCCACAGUUGAAAUGCACUUUAGUAAGGCUUAUACAGAUACAUACUUGUAAAUUGAAGAAAAUCGAGAUAGCUUAUUUGUAGAUAACUCGAUACAGUUUGUAGAACAAUAUUCUCCAGUGAUAAGUGUGAUAGAACAGAAUGGGUGCCAAUAACUGUAAAGGACUUCUUCCAGGAAGUUCAAGGGUCAUGCCAAGAAAAUCUUCGAGAGAAGGCAAACCAGAGAAAUAUGAUUACAUCGAAGAUGUGGUGUGUAAAGAAUCUGAUAUUAAAGAAAAUGAAAUGAAAUUACUACCACUCGGAGAUGCGGGUAACAAGAUUCUACUGGUUAAACAAAAAGGAGAGUUGCACGCUCUAGGCACAAAAUGUACACACUAUGGAGCUCUUCUCCAUACAGGAGCAUUAGGAGAUGGAAGGAUAAGGUGUCCAUGGCACGGUGCUUGUUUCAAUAUCAAAACAGGUGACAUAGAAGAUUAUCCUGGCCUGGAUUCCCUGCCAUGUUACAAAGUGAAUGUAGAUGACACUGGUCUUGUACGUGUGAAGGCACACCGUACAGAAUUGGGAUUGAAUAGACGUACAAAACAAAUGUAUGCCCCAGACAGCAGUAAUCAGGCUACGGUUGUAAUAGUUGGAGGAGGACCAGCUGGGGCAACUUGUGCGGAAACUUUGAGGCAAGAAAAUUUUACAGGACAUAUAAUUGUGAUUUGUCGAGAGCACUCAGUUCCAUACGACAGAGUCAAAGUAUCUAAAAGUUUAGAUUUCGACGUCGAGCAGUCAGUUUUGAGACCACCAUCAUUUUAUAAGGAUCAUGGUAUCGAAAUGAAGCUGGGCGUGGAAGCAAUAGGUCUGAAUACAAACGAGAAUGUAGUUGAGUUAAGUAACCAUGAAAAAUUAAAUUAUAAUCAUUUAUUUAUUUGUACUGGAAGCAAGCCUAGAAUGCCCAAUACACCUGGCAUAAAUCUAUCUAAUAUUUAUGUACUACGAGAUUAUACGGAUUCUCAAAGUAUAUUAUCAAAAUUAUCACCAGAGAAACAUGUUGUAAUACUUGGAUUAGGAUUUAUUGGCAUGGAAGCUGCUGCUUAUUGCGUGAGCAAAUGCGAAUCUGUAACUGUUAUAGGAAAAGGUACAGUGCCUUUACAAUCCGUUUUUGGUGCAGCAAUUGGUAACAGAGUUAGACAAGAAUUCGAGGGAAAAGGUGUUAAGUUCCUAUUUGGAAAUAAUAUUGCACAGUUUGUUGCAAAGGAGACCGAUCAAAAUUGCGUAGGUACAGUUGUGCUUAAUGAUGGUACAGUACUUUCAGCUGAUAUAGUUAUUAUCGGCAUUGGGUCUACGCUCUACACAGAUUGGAUAAAAGAUUCUUCUGUUGAUAUGUUGGAAAAUGGCAGCAUAAAAGUCGACAAGUACCUGAAAACAAAUGUGGAAAACGUGUACGCUGGCGGCGACAUCGCGUAUGCCCCGCUGUUUGGAUCCGAUGACCUAUUGGCGGCAGUGGGCCACUAUCCUCUGGCCCAUUAUCAUGGAAAAAUAGCGGCACAAAAUAUAUGCGGCCUUAACAAACCAUUGAAUGCAGUUCCAUUUUUCUGGACAUCACUAUUUGGUAGAAGUUAUCGAUACGCUGGAUACGGGCAACCAGACAAAAUAAAAAUUUAUGGUUCUUUGGAUAAGUUUGAAUUUUUCGCAUACUAUAUUAAUAAUGGCAAAGUUAUUGCAAUGAGUAGCGUGGGAGCAGACCCUAUUGUAUCGGACUUUGCAAAUUUCUUAUACGAAGGAAAAUCGUUAACAGAAAUCAUUAUUAACCACAAUCCGUUCGGUUGGAUAAGGAAUAAACAAAAAGAUUUCGUCGAACGCUUUGAAAAUGAAAUUACGACGGACCCGUGAAUGUGGAUACUCAUUAAGAAACGUCCACGUUUUAAUACGUUAAAUUUUAAGAUGUAUUUCCAGUAUUUUAUACUUCGACUCGUUAUUUUGGUUAUGUAAUUUUGCUUCAAUUUAUCUACUUCGUAGAUAACGGAUACUGAACAUUUCUUACAACCUCGAGUCUAACGUAUAACAAACAUUAUCCUAAUCAUUGUUGUGAACUAAACAUUUAUUUGUACAGAGACAACAAGAUAUUAUUCUUUAUAAUAUAUAUAUUGAUUAUUCCCAAG